AUGGUGAACUGGACAAAAAGGAUAACGAAUAACGUCUAUAUUAUCGGCGGCUUUGCAGCCAUUGCCGGUAUUAUGUUUGGUUUCGAUAUCGGCAGUAACUCUGGUGUCAUUGGUACUGAUCAAUAUCGAGACUACUUUGAUCAUCCCUCCGAUCUGUUACAAGGAGGCAUCAAUGGUGCUUUGAGUGCUGGUUGUUUUGUGGGUGCCUUGCUUGCUGGUUUUCCUGCAGAUCGCUACUCACGUAAAUUUACCUUGAUUGGUGCAUCCGCUCUCUUUAUUGUUGGCUCUAUUUUGCAAGCUGCUGCAAACGGUGUACCUAUGCUGUGCGUGGGUCGUGUUCUUAAUGGACUUUCUGUUGGUGUGACAUCAAUGGUUGUCCCCUUGUACCAGUCAGAAGUUGCUCCCAAGGAAAUUCGCGGGCGGAUUGUAGCCGUACAGCAAUGGAGUAUCACGUGGGGUAUUAUGAUUUCCUUCUUCAUCCAAUAUGGAUGCCAGUUUAUUCGUGGUGGAAGUUCAACCGCUGCUUUUCGUAUCCCAUGGGGUGUUCAAGCUGUCCCUGCAGUGAUUUUGGUGGCUGGUAUGUGGGCCUUCCCACACUCUCCCCGUUGGCUUGCUGAUAAAGGUCGCAUGGAUGAUGCCAUUCGUGUGCUGGCUGAUAUUCACGGUGCUGGUGAUCCCAACCAUCCUCGUGUCAAACAGGAAAUCGAAGAAAUCGAAGCUGUCAUCCGCUUUGACCGUGAACAAGCUUCCCAUCGUUAUGCUGAUAUCUUAAAACCUGCUUACUCUUAUCGUGUUUCACUCGGCAUUUGCUUGCAGAUCUGGCAGCAGCUUACUGGUAUGAAUAUCAUUAUGUUCUAUGUCGUGUUAUUGUUUGAGCAAGCUGGUAUUGGCGAUUCUCAAGAGGCACGUCUCCUUUCUUCUGGUAUCAAUUAUGUGGUCAACGUCGUUAUGACAGUACCUGCUAUUCUUUGGGUUGACAAAUGGGGUCGUCGUAACACAAUGAUCUUUGGUGCGUUGAUGAUGUCGCUUUUCUUAUGGGUCGUUGGCGGUAUCUUAAGUACUGGUUACUGGUAUAUUGGUGACGAUGGUAAAUGGUCCACCAUCAUGGGCAGCACGAGCAAAUCCAAUGGCAUGGUCGCAUGUAUCUAUCUUUUUGUUGCAUCAUUUGCCACCACGUGGGGACCUUUGGGAUGGAUUUACCCAGCAGAAAUCUUCCCAUUACGUAUCCGUGCUGUCGCUGUGUCAUUAUCAACAGCUGCAAAUUGGCUAUUUAACUGGGUGCUCAACUUUGUCGUCCCAAUGCUGAUGCAACGUAUUCGCUUUGGAUUGUACAUGCUUUUUGCUGGCUUUAACUUCUUGAUGGCCGUCCACGUCUUUUUGGCCUACCCUGAGACUAAGGGAUAUACCCUCGAAGAAAUGGAUAUCGUCUUUGAACACAAUCCUCGCAAAAAGUUGGAUCGGGCUUUUGUAGAGCAAGAAUUAGCAAGACGUACAGGCAUUGCUGGAUCUUCUCCUGUGCCCGAGAAAACUGAAGAUGAAGUCUAG